UGAACACCGGGCUCACUACAACGCGAGAAGGCGACAAAAACGAGUUCUACUCCACAAAUAUUCACAUCUACUGGUCAUUCUACAGUAGCAGCAUGGCGUGCAAGUAUUCACUGCUGUUUCUGUUCACCUUUCUGGCAUGGGCGCCGGUUCCCCACCUGCAGGCGCACGGCCUCUAUAGCCAGCAGGGCUACUUAGUCGCCUUCUCUCUCGGCAGCAGAGCGGCCUUUCCCGAACAGCCACAGUCACAGCCUCAGCCACAGCCACAGCCACAACCACAACCACAGCAACGGAUACAGACGCAGCAGCCACAGCCGACAGCAAAUGCUCCAAAUAUACCGCUGGUGCGUCAACAGCCCCGGAAUCCCGCUCAGUAUCCACCUAAAGACCUGCAACAGCGCCUAGAUGUCAACAACCAAGCGCAGUUGGUUCCUCAGCCACUGCCACAGCCAGCAGUGCAGCAAAAUCGACCACAGGUUGAUCUCAAUGGACGGCCAGUGGUGCCAACUGUUCCCACACCAGCAGUCGCCGGUGCCAUUCCUAUCGCCACCCCGAUUUCAGUCGGUGCUCCUGUCCCCCCUGGACCGUUUACAACAGUUCAGGCACAUAAUGCUCCCUCCGCUGGGCCCGUUGCCCAGGGACCUCCCCGUCCUGCACCAAAGUACAGCUACAUGGAGAAUUUCAGCUCGCACCUUUUCAAACAGAUAUGGCCCAAUGCGCUAAACCAAAACAUGGUAUACUCACCAUCUUCUCUGCAUUCCAUACUGGGCCUCAUUUAUGGCGCUUCAGGCGGAGAAACAGCGGAAGAGUUACGAGUUGCAGGUAAAUUCUCAGCGAAGAAAGCCGUGGCCGAGGACUUCGAAAGACUGUUCAAUAUGUUGCGAGGCUCACCGAAUGCUCAGCUUUCCGUAUUAAGUCGCGUGUUCUAUAAUUACAAGCUGGGUGGCCUUAAUCCCGAUUACCGAAACUAUGCGGUCACAUACUUUAAUUCGGACAUCGAGAAAGCCGACUUUGCGAAUCCAAAGACCGCAGACCGCAUUAAUGCCUGGGUAUCAGAUAGCACGUCCAAUCGCAUAAGGAAUCUGGUCUCGCCCAAUGAUUUUGAUGAUAGAACUGAGGCUUUCCUGAUCAACGCCGUCUUCUUUAAGGCGCGAUGGGCCAACGAGUUCUCGGCCAUGGACACUAUGGACGCGCGAUUUCGGGUCAAUAGCAAUACGGCAGUCAAUGUAAAAAUGAUGUUCAAUGACGACAUAUUCGACUAUGUGGACUUGCCGGAGUUGAAUGCAAAGGCUUUGGAGCUACCAUACGCGUCUACAUCGAUCAGCAUGCUAUUCAUUUUGCCAAAUGAAAUCGAUGGAUUGGCGCAGUUGGAACACCAGUUGGGAGACUACGAUUUAAAUAAGAUUGCAGCCAGGCUGCGCAGAGAAUCUGUGACAGUUCGCAUUCCUAGGUUCCGGAUUGAGUUCGAACAGGACAUGACUGGACCCCUGCAGAAGAUGAAUGUGCGUCGCAUGUUCCAGAAGAACUCGCAGGUGGAUGCAAUGUUAAUGCCACACACGAACGUAAUGGUCUCCAAGAUUAUACAGAAGGCGUCCAUUGAUGUCAAUGAGGCGGGGUCUGAAGCAGCCGCGGCCACAUAUGCCAAGUUUGUGCCACUCUCGCUGCCCGUCAAGGCUCGUGAGUUCAACGCCGACCAUCCAUUUGUGUUUGCCAUUCGCACACCGGACGCUGUGCUCUUCAUUGGCCAUGUGGUGGAUCCCCCCCAUGCGGCGAGCUGAGUCGACUCUCUAGUGAUAAGUGCUUAGUAUUUUAUAUUAUUUUAACGCAACAUUUCGCUACUACAUAGUACGUAUAAUAAAUACUCAUAUAAAACAAA